CACAGAGUCCUUAUCAGCAAAGCAAAAAGCACAGGCUUAACACACUAAUAACAACACAAAAAGCCACGUGUGUGUAUAUCAACGGUUGUAAUAUUAUUGUCAACACAUUCAAUACCCAAGACUUGUGAACAAUUGAUCGGUUAAUGCAAUUUGUUUGUGAUACUUCUCUGCUUCUAACAUCAAGAUGAAGCCCAGUGUGCAGGUGGCAGUGGUGUUGGUGGUGGUGGGGGUAGGGGUGGCCAGUGCCGCACCUUUUCCAUUUUCAGUCGUGGACUCUCCUCAGACAAGACUUUUCCAGUCCCUUUCUCCAACUGAGCGGACUGCAGUGCUUCAUAUGGCACUUACUGGCCAAGUUGCUAAUAAAUUGAUGAUACCUGGUCAAGCAUCUCAAGGUCGCUUGGCUGAACCCCAGGUUUUGAUACUGGCACUCCAAUUACGCUACUGGAUAAGGACUCACUGGCAACUAACACCUGAACAGAUACAUGAGAUUGAGGAAACAGGCAAAUUAUGUAAUAAUGAAGGAGUGUGCAUUGACUUCGGUGGCGACUGGGGAAGUAACUGCUGUCCAUUCGGCUAAGAUUCUGAUUCUGGGAUAUUACAAGGGAAAAUGCCUGAGCAACUUCAAUGGAUAACAGUUGCAGCCUUCCACAAUGUUAAAUGAAAGACAGAUCACACAUGAUUUUAAAAUAAAUUUCCAAACAAUGACUAAUUUCAGUUCACCAAAUUUACCUACUGCCUCCCAUAUUACAAGCCUAUAUCAAAAAACUAUCAUCAUGUCACCUAUUAUUUCACUUUAAAAUCAUUUCUUGCAACUGGGUAUCAAACAUCUCACGAAGAGCAAAGAUAAAAUGCAAUAAUACAUAGCCAGCCACUACAGUUUACAGUAUAUAAUAAAAAUAAAGGGGUUAUGAAAAUUUCUCUCCAAAUUAGAUAAUUAUGUGAUCUUAUAUUUUAUAUAAAAAAAAUUAAUGACAAUUUAUCAAUUUGAUCAAUUAAUACUUUUGUAGAUCCAUAAGACAACUUUCAUAAAAGCAUCGAAGGGACCCACUAA